AUGUGGUCAUCGUCAGCGACGGUAGUAGAUGUGAUGCUGUUCAAGGCCAUUGGGCUGUACCAGCUGCUGUGCCCUGCCGACCUUGGCGGUUACAGCGUCCGGUUCAGGCGCGCGCUGAUGACCGCGCUCGGCCUAUCGUUCGCUGUGCACUCGUUCCAGGUGCCCUAUCUGUACUACGCGCUCAACGACUUGCAGCGGUUCUCGUACAUGGCCGCCGUCAUCAUAUACGGCAUGAUGUGCUCGUUCAAGGGUUACGUGCUGGUGACCAAUGCGGACCGUCUGUGGUUAGUGCUGAACGCGGCCGAUUACGGGUACACCGAGUGCGGGCACCGCGACCCGUCCAAGCUGCGAAGUUGCCGGGCCACGCUGUCCCACGGGCUCCGCAUGUUCGUCGCGCUCAGCUACGGCACGCUGAUCGUGUGGAUCGCGCUGCCGUUUUUCGUCGAUGAGUACACGGGCGUCACCAACCUGGACGGUACCGUCACCCGGUACCGCACCACCAUCCACAACAUGCAGUACCCUGUGCCGUUGGCCGUGUACAACUCGCGUCCCGUCUGGGCGCUCAUCUACGUCAUCGAGCUGUACGUGUGCAUCGUCAACGUGUUCAUAUGGUCGAUGUUUGACUGCUACCUGGUCACCAUGUGUUUUGUACUUAACGCCCAGUUCCACACCAUGUCGGCCGGUUACGGCAAACUCGGAAUUCGUCGCACCGAGUCCUCUCCACCGGACACGUCCUUCUCGGGUGUUCGUCGAAUAAAAUUUGAUGAUAUAGAAUCGAAUCAUUACGGCGAUUUGAUCAGUCACAUACAGGACAAUCAAAAAUUAAUCAAGAUAUUUGACGUAUUUUUUGAAGUCGUUCAACCCGUUGUCCUUGUUCAAAUUGCCAACGGUUCAUAUUCAGUAAUAUCGUUAAUAUUCCUCACCGCACUGAUGUAUCUCAUGGGUGUUCCGGUUCUAUCAGCAAUGUUUUUAAAAUUUAUUUGUGGGUUAAUAUCGCUUACUAUUGAACUCUUUAUUUAUUGUUACGGAUUCAACCAAAUUGAAACUGCGAAAUCUGUACUAAAUUUCGGAGUAUACAGUAGCAAUUGGACUGAAAUGGAUUUGACAUUUAAAAAGACUAUGUUGUUGACUAUGAAGAUGAAUUCCUCCCAUAAACGAGCGAUGAAAGUUUCGCCUAAUUCCGCCGUCGGCCUGGAAAUGUUUGCUAGAGUGAUGAACAUGUCAUACUCAACCGUUUCCGUGUUACUAAAUUCAAGAUCUUAA